AUGAACAUGAGUGGUCUGCACCUCACCAUCCCUCUCGCCAGCCUCGCCCUGUGUACCUUCCUGUCGGGCGUCCUAGCGGGCCGGCCAUGGCUCGUGGCCUCGCGUGAGCGCACCUUGCGCGUCAUCGUGCCGGCGUGCAUGCUCGCAGCUACGGCCAUUGCGCACGCAAGCGUCGGCGAAGUGUGCUCUGUCGCGACCCACGCGGGCGCGACGGGUGCCGAGCGAGGGUUCGACGGGACGUCGACCCCGGCAGCAAUCUUCGGCGCCCUCUUCAUUCAGGGCGUGGUGCAGGUGUUCACCGCACAGAGCGAGCAGGCGAAGCAGUCGAUGGCGAUGGUCACAGUUUGGCUGGUGACGUGCCUCUUCUACCUGCGGCAGUGGCUCGCGCCGCCGUGCGCGCUGGCGGUGCGCUGGGAGCACGGCGGGGGCCUCGUGCCGACGCAGUACGCUCUGUGGAGCAGCAAAGAGGUCGCCGGCCAGCGCCGCUGA